AUGCCGAUUAUGGCGAGAGCGGCUGCAUUACAAUACGCUCUGCUGUCUUCGCUUCGAGUAGCGUCUCAAACGCGCACAGCGCACAUUAUAGCGGCAGGCCAGGAUCUGUCAUUCUAUGUGACCGUUUUCGACGGUCAUGUCAAAGUGAAACUUGGGGUUUACGUUAACAUCGAGCAUGAAUCGACAACGAAUCGAGCAAGGAUAAGGGUACCAUAUUUAAAUCAACCUAAUUCCGGUAGCGGAAUACGACCGCCGUUCGUACCAAAUCUGUCGUCCUUCCCUUCGCCACCUUUACCCCCUUUACCGCCGAAACAGUACCAUCCUGAAACUACGAAACUCGAGUUGGAAAGAAUAAAACCUAAGGAGAAUGACAGUAACGUCAACAGCAAUACCAUCAGUACUGUCAGUACUGUCAGUACAGAAGAAAACGUCCGAAUAAACGAAGUAGAAACUCCUGCAUUAAGCUCGAAGAUUGCACCUUCCGCUGCGCCGCCUUCGCAAGAUAUGGCGAUGACGCUGGUACCGAUAGCAGCUGGAUGCGCCCUCGUUGUAGGUCUUGGUCUGGGUGCCUGGUCCCUGAGAAAUAAAUUUUGCAGUAACCGCAAAUCCAAGAAGGGACAAGCGUCAGUCAGCGUUUCUAAUCUAUCAGACGAGCCUUCUCUCGUCCUGAAGAGAUGGCGAGGUUCAAAGACUCGUAACAAUCGUUACCAACCAUGGGAAAAGGAAUUCCAAGCAGGCAUUCAGAAUAAACAAGAGGAUAAAUGGGAAUUUCCCAGGCAUAGAUUAAAGGUCUUCAACAUCCUUGGCGAAGGUUGUUUUGGCCAGGUAUGGAAAUGCGAAGCCCUAGGUAUCGAUGGCAAAUCUGGCCCCACAAUUGUAGCGGUGAAGACUCUGAAAGAGAAUGCCGCCGAGAGAGAACGACUGGAUCUUGCACAGGAGCUACGUGUCAUGAAGAAUUUAGAUCCUCAUCCCAAUGUUGUACGGCUUCUAGGAUGCUGCACUGAACGGGAACCCAUGUUCGUCAUUCUGGAGUAUGUCAGUGGCGGCAAGCUGCAGAGUUUCCUCCGAGCCUCCAGAGAAGAGAGAAAUCAUGGAGGUGCAGGAUUAACCUCAAGGGAUCUUACUGGUUUUGUAUAUCAAAUCGCCAAAGGUAUGGAAUAUCUGGCAUCAAAGGGUAUCAUCCACAGGGAUUUAGCUGCCAGGAAUAUCCUGAUCGACGAAAACCGCGCGUGCAAAGUAGCGGACUUCGGUUUUGCCAGAGACGUAGCGGCUAAUCAGAUUUAUGAGAGAAAAUCGGAAGGUAGACUACCGAUUAGGUGGAUGGCACCUGAAAGUUUAUAUGAUAACAUAUUCUCCGUUAAAUCGGAUAUCUGGAGCUUCGGCAUCCUUAUUUGGGAGAUUGUAACAUUAGGAUCAACACCGUAUCCUGGACUCGCUGCCGCAGAGGUAAUGCGAAAGAUCAAAGAGGGCUAUAGAUUAGACAGACCUGAGCACUGUAAAAGGGAGCUUUAUAAUAUCAUGUAUUAUUGCUGGGACAAGGAUUCGGCGUGCAGACCAUCCUUUGCCGAGCUCGUUAGCCUGACCGAAAGCCUGCUGCUUGAUGAGACGGACUAUAUUGAGCUCGACAGAUUUCCGGAUCACUCGUAUUACAAUGUGCUCAAUCUUAGCGGAGAGAAACUAUAAAUCUCGCGUGAUAAUCGUUAAUGUUAUGUCGCCCGAUUUUCACAUAGAUAUGCUGCCACAUAUUUUCACAAAUGAACUUAACAUAUUAGAAUUUAAUUGGAUAUAUUUUCGCCAUAUAAUGAAUUAUAUGGAAAAAUCUUACAGACUAAAUUAUAGAACUGACAAUUUUUUAAAUCUUAGCCGAAGAGGAUCAUCAAAUUAUACGACUCAUUGGAAAUAAUAUUGCAUUUUACAGUAAUGUGUGUUUGAUGAUUUCGCUUGAGAACGAUUUGAGCUUUAAUUCUUCUGCUCUUUACGGUAUAUGACUGUUCGAUUGUUCUGUUAAAUACUCAGAUAUACGUGCGUGUUUAAUACUCAUAUAUACGUACACGUACAAAAAAUAUAUGAUUUAUAAUAAUUAAGAAUGAAAAAUGUAAUUAAAUUUAAACGCGACGUCCUCUCCACGCUUACAAAUCGAAGAAAAGUAUUCCUAAUACUUUAGUCGCUAUUCAUGUCUAGACAUGAAUCUGUAUAUAUGUACUGAGAUGAUUGUGAGUUAAAUAUUGUUGUAAGUUAUUGUACAAUUGUGUGUUGUAAGAAUAAAAAAUCUAUA